AUGAAGUUGAAGGACAUGAAAGUGAAGAACUAUCUCUUCCAGGCGAUCGAUUGGACCGUUCUUGACACCAUUCUCAAGAAGGAUACUACUAAAGACAUAUGGGACGCCAUGAAGAAAAAAUUCGAAGGAAAUGCAAGGGUCAAGAGGUCUCAUCUUCAAGCUUUCCAUAGAGAAUUUGAAACUCUUGAGAUGAGAUUUGGUGAAGGAGCGACAAAGUACUUUUCUAGGGUCAUGAUAGUGGCCAACAAGAUGCGAAUUUAUGGAGAAGAUAUGCAGGAUGUUAAAGUGGUGGAGAAAAUUCUACGCUCUUUAAUUGAGAAUUUCAACUAUAUUGUAUGUUCUAUUGAGAAGUCAAAGGACAUUGAUGCUCUUAUUGUUGAUGAGUUACAAAGCUCAUUAAUAGUGCAUGAAUAG